AUGACAUCGGGUGGCUCAAUCGUCGAUUGGGCUCAUGACCUCCCACCCAGCCGUCUCUGGGUUGUCGUUAUAUUGGCCUGUAUCGCUCUCUAUCUGCGGACACCCAAAGGCCCCAACCACAAAAAUGACUUUGCUCUUGCGAAUCCCCCAAGGUGGUACGAGUUCACCAUCAUCAAACAGGUCCAGUUUUUAUUCCACGGCAUCACUGAGUUGGACAGGGCUCGAGAGACCGCUGCCGGAAAGCCCUUCCGACUACUCACAAACUCGCGAGAGAUCAUUGUCCUCCCACCCUCGUAUGCAGAAGUACUCAACACUGAACACAGGCUAAGUUUCGCCAAGUAUUUCGCUGAUGAAUUUGACGGAGAUGGGAAAACCCCAGGCUUGGAGCCGUAUACACUUAUUGCGGAUCCUUGCAGGAGAGUACCAAAAUUGGUCACCAAGCGGUUGACAAGAUCUUUGAAUACAAUUCCAGUCAAAAUGUCGUCCGAAGCUAGUUUUGCCAUCGAGUACAAUUUCGGUGGCCGGGUUGACUGGCAAGAAGUGACGAUACAUCAACGUCUUCUCGAUGUUGUUGCGCGCAUGAUUUCUCGUCUGUUUUGGGAUGGCGACGAAGUAUGUCGGAAUGAAACUUGGCUUAAAAUCAUGAAAGACUGGUCUGUCAACAGUGUCAUCGCUGCUUUCAUGAUCAACAUGGCUCCCGGCUUUGCCCGCCCGCUUAUCCGGCGAUUCUCCCCAAUCGUUCGACGGGCUCGCGACGAUUACCACGCUGCGCGUCAAUUCAUCGAGCCGCUGAUAAAAACCCGUCGCGAGACUCGCGAAAGAGCCCGAAAUUCUGGGGCCACGGUCCCGUCGUUCAACGACAUUGUUGACUGGAUUGAUUCUGAGAAUGAGGAACUGGCAUGUGAUCCAGUCGCGCUACAGAUGGUCCUGAAUGUUGCUGCUGUUCAUACAACAGCGGCCCUUGUUACCAAUACCCUCACGUUUCUAGCCAGCGAUCCGUCUACUUUGGAACCUCUUCGUCACGAAAUGAUCACAGAACUACGAAGUGACGGCUGCCAAGCGUCAGCCUUGAACAACCUUAAGCUCUUAGACAGUGCUAUUAAGGAAUCAUUGCGGUUGAAACCUCCGGGUGUUUUUGGCAUGCAUCGGGCCGCCUUGCAGGAUAUGAAUCUGCCUAAUGGACAAAAAAUACGAAAAGGCGACCGUGUGUUUGUGGAUAUUCCCCAUAUGCAGGAUGCCGCCUUCUAUGAGUCUCCAGACACCUACGACAUGUACCGUUUCUAUCGUAUGCGAAACGAUCCGGAGCAGGCCAUCAAAGCGCCUCUCGUCAAUACAAGCCCAGAGCACUUGGCUUUUGGGCAUGGAGCUCAAGCCUGUCCCGGGCGAUUUUUUGCUGCCGUUCUUAGCAAAGUUGUGCUAUCUCAUCUUAUUCUCAAGUACGACUGGAAGCUUGCUCCAGAUAAUGAUUCGACAUCGCUGGCCAUUGGUUUAACGAAACGCAUUAACCCAAAGUUGAAACUCUUGUCUAGACGACGGAGAGAGGAAUUUCAGUUGAAUUGA